AUGGCUUUCAAAGAGAUAUUCACUGAUUCAACUAUCGCCUUAUACGCCAAACAAAUACGUGCAGCGCCCCGGCCAUUGAUCUUCAACAAGAAACUAUUGCUUUCGGCACUGUGCUAUGCCACCUCAUCCCUCCCCCUUGGGACCAGUCGUCAUCCUCUACCUAUACCUGAUCUACCUGGAUUCCAGGGUCAUUUUGGCUUCAGCAAUAGCAGUGCAGGCCAGCUGCGCUACUUCGUCUCCAUUCCCUUUGCUAGCGCAGGAGUUGGAGCGCUGUUAUCAUGGUUCCUGAAUGACCGCAUUGGGCGUCUUUGGUCAUGGCGCUUGUAUACCGUGAUAUGGAUGAUUGGGCAGCUUGUGAUGUGCUUCACGCCGACACUGACGGGCUUGUGGGUUGCUCGAGUAAUCUGCGGGCUGGGGAUUGGCCCUCUCAGUGUGGUGGGCAACAUGGCCAUAGUGGAAAUCGCCCCCACCGAGAUCCGAGGACUUCUGUCGGUUUGGUAUAGUGUAUUUAUGGUCAUAGCCUCUGUGUGCGCCGUGUUCUCGGUCAUGGGCUGCUAUAUCCAUAUAGUACCGAGCAGACUGCAGUACCAGGUCGUGUGGUUCUCCCCGUGCGUAUUCUUUGCCCUCCUUAUCGCUGGUAGUUUUUACGUGUGUGAGUCGCCGCGGUGGCUAUGGAUGGUCGAUCGGCACGAUGAAGCCGUGAAAACGCUUGUCGAGAUACGUGGGUUGCCAGCUGAACACCCUCGCGUCAAGUUCGAGAUCGAGGAGAUAAAGAUGGCGAUUGCGAAAGAGAAACGAGACCACUCGAGCACCUCGUCGCUCUUCAUCAGCAAUGUCAAGGAGACAUUUACCGUCCGCUCCAACUUACGGCGGGUUCAACAAACCUUUGCCUCGUUUGCCCUUGCUCAAAUAUCAGGGGCCAAUUCAAUCACCUCCUACUUGAUUCCCAUCCUUAAAUUGCUGGGCCAAGCAGGGGACACAACCCACGGCCUGUUUCUGAGCGGAAUGUACAGCACAUCGAAAAUCUUCUUCACCUUGAUAGCCUGUUUCUUCCUCGUUGAUUCCAUUGGCCGGCGGCGGUGUCUGAUGCUGGGGGCAUGUCUUCAAAUGUGUUCCGACAUAUACCUGGGCGUCUAUCUCAAGUACGAACAGGCCGGAUCGACGAGCACCGCUUCCUCCCAGGGUGCAUUGGCUUUCAUGUUUAUUCAUGCUCUAGGAUAUGCUAUUGGUUUAUAUAUGCUACCAUACCUCUUCGGCGGCGAGGUCUGGCCAAACAGAAUUCGGUCUUUCGGAGGAGCUAUUUCCCAGUGCUUCCACUGGCUCUUUUUCUUUGCCAUGCUCUUUGCACUGCCCUCACUAUUGGACGCGACUAAUAAUUGGGGGGCAUUUCUCUUCUUCGCGGGCUGUUGCUUCCUAGCUCAAGUCUACGUUUUUUUUAUGGUUCCUGAAACCUCGGGGCUGAGUGUUGAGGAGCUCGACGAGGUGUUUGAGGGUCCAUGGCUUAGCGCGUACAGAUACUCUCGGAAGCGCAACCAGCUGGUCAUCGAGGCCGCGGAUUUAGAAAUUCAGAAUGACAAGAUUGUUGGAAUGAAAUCGGGUGAGAAGUUGGUUGUUUAG